CCAGCCCCUCGCUGCUCGCUCGGCGGGGCCCAGCGCUGCGCCCGCAGAACCGCUGGCCUCCCGGCAGCCCUCCUCUCUGUGCGCCCCUUCUGGAGGGGGAGGGGGAUGAAAAUCCCCCACAGCUGCGCGGCCAGCGCAAGGGCCAACCCCUGGGAGGCAGGAGGAGGGCAGAGGCCGAGCGGAGCCCGGGGGUGCUGGGCUGGGAGGGAGCGCUCGGUAUUUCCAGCGCGCCAGGCGCGCUCCUCCCCAGGUGUUUGGAGAGCUGCGCCCUGAGCUGCCUCCGCUUGCGCUCAGCCGCCCGGCCGGGGGCCCCUUUAGCCCGGGGGCGGGCCGAGGGCGAGGGUUUUGCUGUACAAACACGUGCUGCGGGUGCUGGCGAUGGUUAAAGCGCACACCCAGCAACAGCUCCCCGCGUAAAGCCCCAGGGCAGAGGGGUGCCCGCCUGCUGUCGACGCCUCGCUGGCCGGGGCUCCCUCGGGCGGGCUGAAUGACUCCGCGGCAGCUCCGCGUCCCGGGCCCGGCGGGGAGAGCCUGAGCCAGGCGCUGCUGCGGCUUGGCUCCGUUUUCCAGCUUCCGCCUUCGGAGAGGAGGCUCCCGCAAGGCCCCGCACCUGGCGCUUGUCUGGCCACGACCCAUUCCAAGCCCCGGCCGCCCGUUCCCACGCGCGCCGGCCAAUGGGCAGCUGGUGAGGCCGGCGCGGCGCGGCGCAGCCCGUGCGCCCCCGGGAGCGGAGCGCACGGCCCCGGCCGGCAGAGGCGAUGCGGCUGCUCUGCGGGGCUCUGCUCUGGCUCCUGGGGCUCUUGUGUGACCUGGGUAACAGCAGCUUCCUCCGGAGCCACCUCCAUGCCUCCAGCUUCCUGCAGCGCCGGCUAAGCGGCCGGGAGAAGCGGGAGAUGCAGCGGGAGAUCCUGUCCAUCCUAGGGCUGCCGGGCAGACCCCGACCCAAGGCCUCCGCCGGGGGCAAGCUGCCCUCCUCCGCUCCCCUCUUCAUGCUGGACCUUUACCACGCCAUGGCCAGGGAGGAGGAGGAGGACGAAGAGGAAGAUCAGGCGGGCUGGGGCCGGGGGGUCUCCCGGCCCGUGCUGACCAGCUUGAGCAUCCAGGCGCCUCCUUUGGGAAGAGCCAUCAGCCGGGCGGACACGGUCAUGAGCUUUGUCAACAUGGUUGAGCACGACAGAGACAUCUUCUACCAGAAGCCUUACUGGAAGGAAUUUCGAUUUGACCUGACCCAGAUUCCAACUGGAGAAUCUGUAACGGCUGCCGAAUUCCGAAUUUAUAAGCUGCGAAGUUUCACUCGUGAUGUCAACAAAACUCUUCACAUCAGCAUGUAUGAGAUCAUGAAGGAGUAUUCCAACAGGGAGUCUGACUUAUUCCUGUUAGACCUUCAGGAGCUCCAGGCUGGGGCCGAAGGCUGGUUGGUUUUUGAUGUCACAGCUGCCAGUAAUCACUGGUUAGUAAACCGUAAACGCAACCUGGGCCUGAGACUUUAUGUGGAGACAGAUGACGGGCAGAGCAUCGAUCCGGGCUUAGCAGGACUGCUGGGUCGGCGCGGGCCACGCUCCAAGCAACCUUUCAUGGUCACUUUUUUCCGGGCAAGCCAAAAUCCGGUCCGAGUCACUCGAGCCAUCAAGCAGCUGAAGAAGAGACAGCCCAAGAAAACAAACGACUUACCGCAUCCAAACAAGCUUCCAGGGAUUUUUGAUGACAUUCAUGUCUCUGAAGGCAGACAGGUUUGCAGGAGGCAUGAACUCUAUGUCAGCUUUCAGGACCUUGGAUGGCUGGAUUGGGUGAUUGCACCACAAGGAUAUUCUGCUUUUUACUGCGAAGGAGAAUGUGCCUUUCCUCUGGAUUCCUGCAUGAAUGCAACCAAUCACGCCAUCCUGCAGUCACUAGUCCAUCUGAUGAAACCCGAGGCGGUUCCCAAGGCCUGUUGUGCUCCAACCAAGCUCAGCGCAACCUCUGUCCUCUAUUAUGACAGCAACAACAACGUGAUCCUCAAAAAACACCGCAACAUGGUGGUGAAAUCAUGCGGCUGCCACUGAAGCCCCUGAGGAAAUGCGAUCGCUGGUUGCUUGGCGAGGAAAAAGAACUAUUUUAACAGGUCUGAAUCCCAUCUAUGUUGCCAAAGUCCGUAAGAGUCAAACGCCUAGUUGUAGAUAAGACGAAACUUUUAUUAUCCUACUAUACUUCAUGAAACUAGAGAGAGCAAAUCGGGGGCUGCUUAAGUACACGUUGUGUUUCUGGCUAUUGGGUUUUGUUAUAGAACUGUGGCUAGCUGGCUCCUGGAUUAUUCAUUAUUCUUGGAUGAAGUUUAGACUGCACAAGUGACUAGGCCAAGGAAGGCAGGACUUGAGUUGCUUAUAAAUCUAUCAGUAUCUACUCACUUAUGGCCAAGUAUCAUAGUUUUAACAAGCACUUCUAGUUCUCUAAAUGAUACGCGGUCAGCCAGUUAGAGCUGGCUGGCUAGGUCUCCUCUCCCCUACCCUCCCAUUUAAAGCUUGAAAAUUCAUCCAAUUGGAAAAAAAAUGUCGAGCCACCGUUAUAAAAUAAACCCCCUAGUUUGGAAAGUAAACACUUACUGUUUGUUUUUAGUAAAUGUCAUGACCCAGCACCAUGGACGCUAUUUCUCAGCGAAAGCCCCAAGGGUCUGCCAAAAUUGUACCUAGUAAGUAUUUGCUGUGGGGGGGGAGAUUCAUUAUUGUGUGACAUCUUCAUGUCAAUUUGUUUUCUAUGGGCUAAUUCAUUUGGGGUGACGGCUAAACGAGGGUGUCAGGGUAAAAAAAGAAAGCUCUAAGGAAAGGAUCCCUUUAAUGUUGCCUUACCCUAUGGGGACUGCGUUCUAGUUCUUAGCUCUGCCUCGGUUUCCCCAUCUGUAAAAAUGGGGAUAAUGCUCCCCCCCCCCCUUUUUUUUUUUUUUUUUGGUGUAAAGUGUUUUUGAGAUCUAAAGUGCUAUAUAGGAAUUAGGUAAUAUCAUUUGCUUUCCUGCAUCCUCACUAGGGGGCGGUGUACUGCUUAAACGAGUGGUGUGCAACCGGGGGGGGGUGCAAGAAACUGGGGUCCCACUACCAUAAUAGCAGGAGCAGGAUAAAAAUAGAUUAUGGGGCAGGUGCAGGAUUUUUCAAAAAAUAGUCUCCCGCUCUGCAAACCCCGUGAACGCCCCAGCCGCGGCUCUCCGGCCGCCCAGCUCUGAGGGCAGUGCCGCCAUCAGCAGCAGCACCGAAGGGUGGCAAGGGAGCAGAGGGCGUGACAAAUUCUGUGCCUAUUGUUUCCCGUGCUAGGUUGGUUAAAGCUCCCUGGGGUACGCCUACCUGUGCUAUACUCCCACCUUUACUGGCCAGCCUCUUCAAAGGGACCGACUCCCAGCCCAGGACUUGCAUACUGAGCUAGAAUGUUCCCCCUAGAAAUCGGCUUUCCCCGUACCUGGGAAAGCGUUCCUUGAUCGCCAGCUCUCCUUUUUAUGGGAAUCGAAUGUGCCAAUCUUAUUUCAGAGACUUGGGGGGGGAGGCAGUAAUAUAAUCUAUUGGCCCACGUGCUGUGGGUGACCGAGACAAGCUUUCAAGCUACACCGAGCGCUUCCUCAGGUCUGGGAAAGGUACUGAGCGGGUCAGUGCUCACUCCAAGGUCGAACAGCUAGUUUAGCAGAAGUUAGCAUGUAGUCUAAGGGACACUAGGUCACUUGCUGUAGCAUACCCCCCCAGAGAUGGUGGUUUUGGUUCACUAAUUCUUCAGUGUAUCUGUCAAAGUGCCUGACAAAUGCUGAGAACCCACAAUCCCCCCAAAGUCUGGCUGUUCCUUAAAGCGCCAGCUCCCAGAAUUAUGGGAGGAUUUCAACUUUUGUUCAGAAGUGCCUAGCGUUAGGGGCUGAGCUGUCCAGGCGCCCUGUUGCAGCAUCACUCUUUGCACAGCCAAGGGGAUGCCUUUAUGAAGUGCACUCAGCAUUUGCCACUCCAGUCAAAGUGUUGAUGCUUUGGGGGCUAUUAUGUCAAUCAUAAUGUUUGCUACCUGAACACUCAGUGGUUUCUGCAUUUUUUUUCCUCCUUGAACUUGCUUAGCUCUGAAUGGGUAGCCUAGUAUGUGUACCAAUGGCAGAGAAUGGAGAUCCCAUUAAAGUACAGUGUAGCUGGGUUGAAGUUUCCAUUAAGGUGUUCUGGUGAUGGUUUACAUGAGGUGUUGAAUGGACAGGGACUUAAUGCCCUCUGCUGGUGGAACUGGGGCACUAGAGUCCUAGAGGGUCAAACAACAGCAGACUAGUUUGGGGUUCCCUGUUUGCUCUGGUCCUUGAGGUUGAUGGAAUAAGGGCUCCACACCAGGGCAUGGGAUGGGUUGAGGUAGCUGGGGGUGACAUGACAGCCUAGGUGCUUGUUCCAGUUGUAUUUCCUACUGCUGCCCCAGUUUUCCCCUCAAACAGAACUGGAGGUUACUACUAAUUCAAGCAGCAGUAACUGCUGCUGGGAUUGCCCAUGGAUGCUUCCGUGCGGCCCCAACGUGACUUGGCCAGCUAGCAGAUGGAAAGUCUGCUCCAUGGCCCUGCACCCUCCCUCCCCCCGGUCCUGAACUCUGAAAGAUGCUGAAUUCUCUGGGCCUCUAAUGCUCUUGCUUGUAUAGCCACAGGGCUGCAUGAUUUGACCUGAAGAACAGCAGCACACCACCCCUUGCUCCAGGGUCCUGCCAUAAACAUUAAAUUGUAACCAACAAUCCUAUUAGACAUCCUGUUUCAGGGCUGGAGAACAUCUCUAACUUGUAGAGAGGAGGUUGGGGGACAUAUUCUCCUCCUGUAAUCCUAAAAUUAUCCUUCAUUCUAACCACUUUCUCUGCAGCACCCAGUACCGGCUCCUAUCGGAGACAGGAUAUUGGAUUAGCUGGCCUCAGGAUCUGAUCCUAAAGCUUUAUUCUCAUGUUCUACAAAAUUUGAGUGAGAAAAUAGGCACUUAAAGCUUCAUAAACAACCCAAUUAACUAAGACUAAGGGAUCACCUAGUGUCUGUGGCAGUUAACGUGAUUAUGUGAUAACUGCUUGGAAAAAAGUGAGCCAUUAUUGUACGUAAACAGACCUGAUGUAAGAAAUCAUCAACUGAGGAACAGCUAGGUGCUUUUGGUACUACAUAGUCUUUCAUUUGAAAAACCAGUUACCAAAUUAGGCUUAGAACAGUCAUCUUUAUAGGGUGGGUGAGGGAAAGUAUUGUGGUCACGCUUGAUUCUGGAAUGAAAAGAUUAAAACACACCUUAUUUUAAGCCCCGAUUGUGUACUGUGAUUUAUUGAAUUCAGAAAGGGGAAGCUGUGCAAACUCACACCAACUGCAGCUUUUCAAGAACUCCCUUUUUUUGCACACUUAGGAGAAGAGGGUCAAGUUUUAAAGUAAAUGCCGCAAUCAUUCCUAUUCCAGAAGGGGGACCAUUAGAAUAAGGAACAGCAUGGGUAGCAAUUUAGGAAAAGUCUGUCUUCUCUAAUGAGAUCCUGUCAGCAUGGUGCUGUGACAUGAGCCCAGUGUGACAACAGCUCAGCUAGGAGACUGUAUCUGACUAACUCUGUACUUAACUCUCCAGGAUCCCUAAGGCCGUAGGUACUAGCAAUGUUAGCUAAACACACUUAACUGGAUGAAAUUAAGGACCAUGGAACUGUAGGUUGUCAGACCAGUUUGAUCCAAGGGUCCCUGCUGGCCUUAAACUAUUACUCCACAGAGCUAAAACUGACCACCAUAGCUGUUUUGGAAUAACUCCCACCUGUGGAGUUACUAUGGAAGAGUUAUACCAGAAAAGCUAUGCUAGUCAGGUCCCUUGAGAGAUAAAGGCCUGUUCAGUGACCUUACUGGCAGCUCAAAGAGAAAUCUCACAGCUGUCUGAUAAUCUGACAAGCCAGGCCCAAGACUGAGGAGACUUGCACUGAAAAAUAGCAUGAGACAUCACAGAUGCAUUCCAGGAGGACAUGACCCAGCCAUCAACAGACCAAGCUCACUUUCCAGACAUGUAACUUGGAAAGUCCACAGCCAAGACCAGCUGUGGCUUCCCAUCCCCAACCCAAUUUCCUAGAAUUAAACACCUGAAAACUCUUGAAGCUAGCACAUACUUGAACUGCACAAGCAGCUCUAGGAAAAAGCAACUAGGAUCAACCUUCGAUAGAGACAGGAAAGGAACAAUGGUGCCUGAUGCUUACUAGUCUUCUGAAUUUGCAAAUGAACAAGCAAAUUGCAUGCAUAGCUUAUGAAGAGGAGUUUUCCUUCUGGAUGAAUAGAUGUAUUGUACCUGCCUUUGUCAACUCUCCAGCAACCUAGUUUUAGAUUUUCAGUAAAACUAUUAUUGCAUUUGCAGUUGAAAAACCUAAUUAAUAAAGAACAACCUGUAUUCUUU